AAUGUUAGAUUGAAGUCGACGAGUUUGCAGACGAGACCAUGGGUACUGGAAUACCCAUGAGGCGAGACACAGGAUAUUUCCUGGGUCCGUCCUAGGGUUUGUCUGAAGGGUUUAAGAUGGAGAAUAUUGAAAUUAAAGAAGAGAGCCAGGAAGAAAUCCUUCCCUCCUCUAUUGUGGAGGAUACAUGUACAGUUUAUAUACAGGAAGAAGAUGUUAAGGUGGAAAUUACUGAAAAUAAAGAUUUAAUCCUGUGUAAUGAAGAAGAGACUCUUCAUGGUAAGUCAAGUGAAACAAAGGAGAGGAAUUUUAACGGAGGAAAGUAUUCUUGUGAUAUAUGUGAUUAUGCUGCAACUAAGAAAAGGGAUCUGAAAAGACAUAUGGAAAGUAAUCAUGAUAAAGUAAGGUAUCCUUGUGAUAAAUGUGAUCACGUUGCAACUAGAAAAAGGGAUUUAAAAAGACAUAUAAAAAGUAAACAUGAAGGAGUGAGAUAUCCCUGUGAUAAAUGUGAUUUCGCUGCAACAACUAAAACGGAUUUAAGAGAACAUAUUGAGAAAAGACAUGAAGGUGUGCGAUAUCCCUGUGAUAAAUGUGAGUACACUGCAAAUACUAAAAGGGAUCUGCGUGGACAUAUUAAGAGCAAGCAUGAAGGAUUAAGAUAUCCCUGUGAUAAAUGUGAUUAUGCUGCAACUAGAACAGGUCAUCUCAGACAACACAUUAAAAAUAUACACGAUGGAUUGAGAUAUCCCUGUAAUAAAUGUGAACAUACUGCAACUUCAGCAAGCAAUCUUACAACACAUAUUCAUGAGAAACAUGAACCAGGAAGAUUUCCCUGCGAUUUAUGUGAGUAUGUUGCAGCAAGAAGAUUCACUCUGAAGAGGCACAAGAAGACAAAGCACGAAAAUUAAUUCUGUUGUCCUUUGCACAACUGAAUGUAUAAUGUACAACUUAAUAUUUUUACUGUUUGAAAUAUCUUUCCAGAGGUUAACAUGGAUUCUAAAAGUGGCAUCAAAAAGUCAUGAAUGUAACGGAUUUUAUCAGUUUUGGGAUGUAAAACAUUUGACGCAGCAAGAGAGUAUUGUAACUCAAAUUAAAGAAUGGAUUCCAAAAUUUUUUUAAGUUUUAGUUAACACUGGUUAAUAGCAAUAUCCCCCUCGACUCUCGCCUUGACGUAAACAUGACCUAGAUACUCAUAGAAUUUUCCUGAGGGGGGUUGAGAACUUCAAUCAUACAUUAAUUUAAAAAGUUACUAAAUUCCAAUGAUAAAGCAACGUUGUGUAUAUGCGCUAACAAACGGAAGAAAAUUCGCAAUUCACAUACAAUUUUUUUUAUUCUCUAAAUACGACACCAAAUUUUUGGGGUUAUUUCUAUGUAUAAUGCAUUUUCAAAAUUUAUUUUUGCAUUCAAGGUUUUAAUUUGCAGAGAGUAUGGCCGGAAAUUUGAAAGAGGAAAUAAUAAUGGAAAAUAUUGAGAAUAAGAAAGAAACUGAAGACGAAAUCCUUCAAUUCUCUACUGUAGAGGAUGCAUGUACUGUAUAUAUAAAGGAGGAAGAUGUAAAGAUGGAGAUUACUGAUAUUCAAUUUUAGAGAUACGUAAAUGAUAUUUUCUAACAACAUAAAAAUAAGUCAUGAUUGUAAUAUCUUUAGUCAUUUUCCCUCAUUGAUAAAUAUAAAUGUUUAAUUUUUCA